CAGUGGCAGACAGGCGGGGAGGGAAGGCGAUCAACAGUUGCUGACGGACGCAAAACACACAGGGACUGCUGCCAGGCAGGCAGGCAGAAAGGGAAAAGUGUGAAACGCAAGGGGUCUUCAUUCUGUGGAUUCGUUUACCGGGAAAGGGCGUCUAGAGUCGGAACAGUGUUAGAGGUGCCGGUCAGAGCACGACCACCUCACUAUUAUGUCCUCGUCGAAGCUGUGUGCUGAAAAUUGCAAACGAUGAGCAGCAACUUUACUUUACCCAGACCGCUGAGGAGAUCGGGAAGUCUCCCCCCGUCCAGGACAGUCCGGGUGGUAGUCUUGGGUCAAGGUGCUGUUGGAAAAACAGCAAUGACAGUGCGAUUCAUCACCAAGAGGUUCAUUGGAGAGUACGAUCCAACUUUAGAGACAAUAUACCGACAUGAAACUUCAAUAAGUGGAGACGUCGUUCACUUUGAAAUUUUAGACACAGCUGGCCAGGAAGAAGACACUCUACUGAUUGAGGAAAAGAUCAAGUGGGGCGACGGAUUCAUCAUUGUCUACUCAGUGACAGAUCGUUGUAGCUUCGAUGAGGUCAUGCGUUUGUGCUUCCUGGUGAACCACAUCCACUCCGGCUCCAAAAAGGGUAACUCUGACCCACCACCCAUGGUCAUUGUGGCCAACAAAAGGGACCUCCAGUUUGAUCGGAUGGUCUCUACGGAGGAUGGUGAAAACCUCUCCAAAACUCUGAAGCAACCUUUCUAUGAGAUCUCUACCAGGGACAGCUGUGAGGAGACAGUUGCCGUCUUCCAUGCUCUGUACUACGAAAUGAUGAAACAGCUGAACUCCUCGCCCACGUCCUUCAGGAGGAGAGCUGUCUCUAAACUCAUGGAGAAGAUUCCUAAAAUCCACUCCAAUUCUGCACUGGGCUCUACGGGCCGGAGUUUUAGCUUCAAUUCCUUCCGGGACUUCUUGCCGGAGUAAAGGAAAAAUGGUGGCAAAUGAAUGGAAGAACUGUUUUAUUACAAGGGCUCUGAAAAUGGCUCAUGUUGGAUAAUGGGUGUGGACCUCAUACUCUGAAGAACAAAGCACGGUGGGUGUUUAGAGAUUACAGGAGUCAUCUGUUGGGAGCUGGCUGUUGCUUGUGGGGGUCUCCUUCCUUGUACACUGGAUGUUGCUAUUUUUUUAUUAAGGAAAUACAUUUACUUUUUUUCAGCAGCUAGAUGGGAUAAAGGGUUUAUAGCCAAAAGGCUACGUGUGAUAGACCGGGUGCAUGGAGGAGUGACAGGAAUCUGCCAUCGCCAUAAUCUCCAUUGACAUGGCAGGGUGACUGAAAGUGAUAUUUUAAGCUAGUGAACUUUUAACUCAUUUCCUUUUCAGCCCAAGGAAGUGUCUGAACUUUCAUAAAACUCACUUUCUCUCGGCCUUUAUUACCAUUACAAAAAUAACAGCUUAGAAAUGUGGCAAUUGUCUUGAAUGAAUAAACAUCUAAUAAAAAAAA